AUGUCGGCUCCCACGAGUAAAUCGUCUGACGAAGAAAAAAUAGAAACGUUGAAGGAAAAUGUUACAUUCAAGUCACUUGGUGUUGUUGAUGUGUUGUGUGAGGCUUGUGACAAGCUAAAAUGGAAGACACCAUCCAAGAUUCAGACAGAGGCACUUCCUGUGGCAUUACAAGGUAAAGAUGUGAUUGGGCUAGCAGAGACAGGGUCGGGGAAGACCGGAGCCUUUGCUUUGCCCAUCCUGCAAGCCCUAUUGGAGACUCCUCAGAGGUUGUUUGCUCUCGUCCUUACUCCAACCAGAGAACUGGCCUAUCAGAUUGCAGAACAGUUUGAAGCCUUGGGUUCUACCAUUGGAGUAUCUUGUGUUGUGAUUGUAGGAGGUAUUGACAUGAUGACCCAAGCCCUGCAGCUGGCCAAGAAACCUCAUGUUAUGAUUGCCACUCCUGGUCGGUUAGUGGAUCAUCUGGAGAACACGAAAGGCUUCAAUCUCAGAGGACUCAAAUACUUGGUGAUGGAUGAAGCUGAUCGGAUUCUUAACAUGGAUUUUGAGGCCGAGAUUGACAAGAUCCUCAAGGUCAUUCCAAAGCAGAGAAGAACCUAUCUUUACUCGGCUACUAUGACAAAGAAGGUCGCGAAGCUCCAGAGGGCGUCCCUCCAAGACCCAGUCAAGGUCGAAGUUUCAACCAAAUACCAGACAGUCAGCAAACUCCAGCAGAGCUACAUAUUCAUCCCAGCCAAGUACAAGGAUUGCUACCUUGUGUCCAUCUUGAAUGAAUUUGCUGGGAAUUCCUUCAUGGUCUUCUGCAGUACAUGUAACAACACACAGAGAGUAGCAUUGCUUCUCAGGAAUCUAGGUCUCACAGCUAUACCUCUACAUGGACAGCUGAGUCAGUCUAAGAGGCUUGGCACACUAAACAAGUUCAAGUCAAAGAGCAGAUCUAUUCUGAUAGCUACUGAUGUAGCAAGCAGAGGACUUGACAUACCCCAUGUAGACUGUGUCAUCAACUUUGACAUUCCAACUCAUUCAAAGGACUAUAUCCACAGAGUAGGAAGGACAGCUAGAGCCGGGAGAGCAGGCAAGGCAAUCACUUUCGUCACUCAAUACGAUGUUGAGCUGUACCAGAGGAUAGAGCAACUGAUUGAUAAGAAGCUCCCUCUCUUCAAGACGGAAGAGGAGGAGGUGAUGAUGUUGAUGGAGAGGGUCACGGAGGCGCAGAGAUACGCUAAGAUGGAGAUGAGAGACUCUGAUGAGAAGAAGAAAGGAGGUCGCAGCAGAGGUCGCGAUUCAAAGGAAGACAGUGAAGAGUUCACAGGGGUCAGGAAACGUAUGAAGGUCAAACAGCAAGGCAGGAGGUGAAGGUCAAAUACAAAGUCUUGAAGACAGAAUAUCAAACUUAAAGCCAACAUAUAUAGAGACACUUGGAUGAGACAGACAGAUGGACAGAUGGACUCUUGAGAAAAUACACUGGACGAUUUUGAAAAUGCCAAGAUUAUGUCAUCAUGUUUGAGAGUCAAGCUGUCAAUCUCAAUACAAACAUUUUCAGCUGUUGAACUACAGCCUUCGUCAGCGAUGUGACCCGACUUGACCUUUCUGACCUAAAGGGCACUAAUUGGGUUUGAAGGCCCUGAUGAAAAUAGCUUCCUUCACUCCCCAUUCGACAUGUCCUAUGCCCCGUUUCACAAAACUUGUCAUCAGUAACAAAUGACAGUCUUUGUUAUAAGCUACUGAAAUCCUUGCUUCUGAUUGGUUAUCAGCAGAUUUGUCAUCGAAAAAGGCUUUGUGAAACACCCCCCUGUCAUCGUGUCUGAACGGUUCCUUUGAAGCUGGAGACCAGUCUGUGUCCCAUCUGCUUGGUGAUGAUACGUGUCAGAGCAGAAGUUAUCAUGUUGGAGUCAUACAAUUUUAGCAAAUGAUUUACAGAAUUAUAACAUAUCAUGAACUUGUAUCAUUUUUGAGUAUGAGGAAGUAUACAAACGUAAAUCCUUGAAGAUUAAAAUGGAAAUAAUAAAGAUGACUUUAUUCUAUUUUGUCCAUGUAAAUAUAAGAUAUUGGUUAUUUUAUUUGGCAAUGUUAGUUAUCCAAAUUGAGUUUAUUCAAUUAGAGUCCGUCUAUCAUUUAGUCCAAAUUUAAACAAAUGGCCCAGAAGUACAAGAUUUUUUGUCUCCCUGCUUUCAAGACAGAAAUUGGAAACAAUAUAUUACCAUGGUAUACAAAAUCAUCCUUUAACACCAUACAACAUAAUUUUGUUUUAAGUUGUCUUAUAAGCUUUUCACAAAUAUAAUAAAUAAAUGCUGUAUUCGCAGUUGAUUCACAGGUUUGGAGGGAAUUUCGUUAUUGUGAAAUAGGUUUUCAAUAUAUCAAAAUUCCACACAAAACAGUAAAUGAUCUAUGUUAUAUAAAGGGUUAUAUAUGUAUAUGUAGCCAUACAUUCUCAGCCUUCAAUAACACUUGUAUCUGGUAUUUUAAUAGUUAAAUACAGUGUACAUACCUACUCUGUAGAUGGAGAUUCAAAAUAUGCAUUGCAAUGCUACCUUAGGUUUCUUUUAUGGGGGUGGGGGGGGGUGGAUUGAAGAACAAAUCGUUGAAUGAAUUGUUUUCUUUGAUUGCUUGUAUUUAUUUAAAAGAAAAUGAAACGAAAUAUCAACGUAUAGAGGAAGUAAUUGAAAGUUGGUCUACUCUAGUGGUAGAGUCAGUUCUCAGUCUUUAUCCACAAAGCAACCUUUGUUUGAUACUACAUCACGUCCUUGAGAGUGUGACAUUCAAGCUUACUCCCAGAUUAAACCAUUAUAUAUGUCUGUAAAUCUUGGUGACACAUGCAUAUCAUAUGACCAUUUAUAAAUCCUUUUAUCCCUUUCAACUAUGGUUGUCAUUACUCAAAUGUUUUUAUUUAAUCUGAGAAAUCUGUAACGACCAUUAAUCUUAGAAGACAAUGAAUAUACUAGACCAUGUUAACAAAGAAAGUGGUUUCAUUUGGUUUUGAUCUGAAUGGAAGGAUGAUUACUAAGACAAUUAAACUCAACUGUCACUUUCUAGAACA